UUUUAUGUCGCGAAUUCAGCUGUGGAAAUAUUUAGUCCCCGAACCUUCGAGAUAGGGACGAUACGAAAAUUAUGACAUCCAAGCUAAAUAGUAAAUCAGAAAAUGACGUGUCGGAUAAAAAUAUGUCUAUCUCAUUUCCCUUUAAAUAUGAAUCAAUAGGAGAAUUGAAAAAUUCUCAACUGUCUUCUGAGGAUAUUGAGGAUAAAUAUACAGUUGAACAAGCUAUAGAAAUGUUGGGUUUUGGCAUGUUUCAGAUUAAACUCUCAUUACUCACAGGAUUAGCUUGGAUGUCAGAUGCCAUGGAGAUGAUGAUUUUGAGUAUUUUAUCACCCGCCCUGCAUUGUUCAUGGGGGCUUUUGGCCUGGCAAAGGGCCCUCAUUACAACUGCGGUAUUUGUGGGUAUGAUGAUGAGCUCUACGUUUUGGGGAAAAAUCUGCGAUCGGUUCGGCAGAAAGACGGCUCUUCUUAUGUGUUCGUUGUUCACCUUUUAUUUUGGAUUUUUGAGCUCAUUCUCGCCCACGUUCUUAUGGCUCAUACUCUUGCGAGGUCUUACUGGUUUCGGUAUUGGAGGCGCUCCCCAAUCGAUAACAUUGUACUCCGAAUUUCUACCGUCGAAAUAUAGGGCUAAAUGCUUGAUACUUAUAGAGAUAUUUUGGGGUUUGGGGACGUGCUUCGAAGUUUUGCUUGCUCUGAUCAUUAUGCCCACUUUAGGUUGGCCAUGGCUUUUAGCCUUCUCAAGCUUGCCCCUUCUUUUGUUCUCCUGUUUUUCAUUGUGGUUGCCAGAGAGCGCCAGGUAUCACGUGGCUUGUAAAGAUUUUAAAUCGGCUUACAAAGUAAUCGAACGAAUAGCCAAGGAGAAUAAAAGACCUUUGCCUAUAGGAACUCUGGUUGGAGAUGAUGAUGUGGUAGAUCAAAACCCAACCGAAAAUCCCAGCACUUUCAGUGAUACCACGAAUUUACUCGAUAACCAUAGAGGGAGGUUUAAAGAUUUAUUCGCCACAGAUAUUAGAAGAACAACGUUUUUAUUAUGGAUAAUAUGGAUGGUGAAUGCCUUUUCUUAUUAUGGAAUUGUUUUGAUGACGACCGAAUUGUUUGAAUCCGGUGACAAAUGUCAUGGUGGCUCAGGCAAACAAUUAUCGCAACCUUCGUGCUUAUUGGAUUGUCACCCUUUACAAAGAUCUGAUUACGUUGAUUUAUUGUGGACCACAUUGGCUGAAUUCCCAGGUUUGUUUUUGACGGUAUUCAUAAUCGAAAGUUUAGGAAGGAAAAUUACGAUAGCCAUAGAGUUUUUCGCCUUUUCAAUUUUCGUUUUCCUGCUUAACAUUUGCAGCAAUAGAGCCAUGAUGACAACUUUCAUUUUUAUUGCUCGCACAGUUAUAUCCGCAGGUUUUCAGGCUACUUAUGUGUACACUCCGGAAGUAUAUCCCACGACUAUAAGGGCAUUGGGCAUAGGUACUUGCAGCAUGAUGGCUCGUGUAGGUGCUAUUCUUACUCCUUUUGUAGCUCAGGUGUUAUUAAAAACUUCUGUGAGAUCUGCAAUCGAUAUUUAUGCCGCUUCGAGCAUUAUCGCUGGUAUAUGUUCCCUUCUUUUACCCAUAGAAACUAAAGGCCGUGAAAUGAAAGAUACAGUUAUGACUCGAUAGAAAACAUUCCAUGGAGCAUUUUUUUGUUGUGUUUAAACCAUUAAUUGAAAUUAAAGACAAGUCGCUCUUUAUUCUUUAUAAAUAUUUUGCAAAAAAAACUCAGAAACUUGCCCAAGAAACAAUUUGAUAUUAUCUUUUAUCUCCAAUGGUCUUUAAAAAUUAUUAUAACAAUUAUAUUUUACAAUUAUUUACCAUAUGAUUUGUGUACAACAUUAGACGAGGCAAUAUAU